AUGCCUCUGGGUGGAGAAGGCAGCAGCACAUCCCAAUUUUCAUUUGAGAUGGUUGAUGAGAAGGGAGAUGGCUUAGAGGACCCUAAUAAGCCCAAGAUGUGGAAGACCGGACAACAAUAUCACUAUCCUAUUCCAAAACCAGCUGGGGAUCCCUUCGAUAGGUGUCUGGAGCCCCUAUUGACCACAGAUCAGAUCCAAUGCGACGUGUGGAAGGGUGAAGUGCAGAACUUGUUGAUAUUCGCAGGUCUAUUCUCGGCAGUUGUCACUGCAUUUUUGGUUGAAUCCUACAAAUUGCUGCAGCCCGACAAAGGCGAUUUAUCUAUCACCUACCUUGCCCAUAUAUCGGCUCGCCUGGACAACCUUGCGAAUGCGACGGCUUUCCCUCCAGCUUCUAUUACUGAACCCAACUCUAACGCGUUUUCGCCUUCGUCAUCAUCCACAAGAGUCAACAUACUCUGGUUUCUCAGCCUUGUUCUGAGUCUCGCCACUGUACUCAUUGGCAUUGUAUGUCUGCAGUGGUUGAGGGAACAUCAGCGCUAUCCGCAGACUCUCACCCAGAAGGAGGCCUUUGCCCUCUUCCAUAUGCGUUCUGAAUCUCUCCGCAAGUGGUAUGUUCCUCAAAUAUUCGCAGGCCUCCCCUUGCUGCUCCAACUCGCCUUGAUCUUCUUUCUUGCGGGCAUCAUCGACUUCCUUCAAGCCAUUGACAAGACUGUCGCUAUCCCAGUCAUAGUCUUCGUCUCGUUGACACUAUGUUUCUUCCUUGUCACGACGAUUCUUCCUGUCUUCCAAUCCUAUACGCUCGCGCUUCCCCUUAAUACAAAUGAACCCGAGGUUUCAACACCUUGUGCGUACAAGUCGCCUCAGGCCUGGGCCCUUUUACGUCUUCUGACAUUGUCAAGGCCUCUCUUCCUGUUCAUCCACUCAUUCAUCCUCAACUCGUUAAUUUCGCCAAUCUACAUUCGUUAUUACCUUUUUAAGCACGGUGGCAACAAGAAAGACUUCACUUCCAGCGCUUCAAGUUGGGCAAUCUACAAGCUCUUUGGACAUUCAAUAGAUUGGAUCAGAUACGAACUUGGAUGGCUCGAAGUUCGCACAUGUCACAUUCAUGGCUCUCAAGAUUGGCCCCCGUCCCAGAAGUUUGACUGGGCCGAAGACUACGAUGCCACUCGAGGCAUCGUGGAGGUGAUACGACAGUACAGCUUUAACGAGCCGCUCAUGUACGCGGCAUAUCACUGUUUCCAGAAGACGGUGUCUCACAGCUUGGUCACCGACAAAUGCCUCCUCCAGUUGUUCAGAGACCAGAUCACAACAAGAGCCCUGUACGAAGAAGGAGCACCCGUCGCAAAUUCGGAGUUGAUACUCCUAUCAUCAUUGAUACGACCAUCUUUCGAAAUCUUGAAUGACGAAAAGGCCUACGUGUUCCUCGAAGCUUUGCCGUCUCGCUUCACUGCAGAUGCUCGCAACAUUUUCGGGCAGCAUCGCCUCGAAAUAUCGACAAGAUUGUUGCAAUUUCUCUUUGCAGUCGAGCCAGAAGUACAGCUAGAGGCGAAUCCACUUCCGCCAUCCGAUGCAUUUGAAUUGGCACGAAAGUCGCAAAUAUUCGCCUCAAUACUUCCGGGUCACCACAAACACUUUGGGGAUACCUUUGUUCCAUACCGAGAAUUCCUCUACCAAGAUGACUCUGACCUGACGGUCGCUCAAACACGCUUCACCAUCCUUGAGCAGCGAUUAUUGACUCUCUGUCCUUUUUUCCGACGGGCGGCGUCUCGACGCCAAACGUUGAAGGCUACUCCUACCAACUUCCAUAUGCGACCCUUCACUGAUAUCUACAUGGAAGAAAUCGCAAAUACAGUCUGGUUCGUCCUCACCAAAUCAGCAUCUUCGAUCUAUAGACGACUUAGCAUCCACCUGUUGAGCUGCAACAACUUCUUGGACGAACUAUUAAACAAAGGAGAACACAAACACCUCUACUAUAGCGCCCAGCUAUACAUCAAAAGUUUCUACACACCAUUAAAAAUCCUCAUCACUUACUUCAACCCAUCCGUCUUCCCAGACGCGACGCUCGUACACUCAGUCGCCAAGCUCGUUCGCACGCUCGACUCAUACAGAAUCAUGAUGGACCCGGAAACCUUCCGCUCAAUCCACGCGUACGAAAGGGAAGUUGAAGCCCAGGAAAAUGGAUCUUGGAACGACUUUCUUUCGGUCAUUCGCCAAGCUGAGCAUAUCCUGGACAACCCCGAUGGUCCGCGCCCUGGGGAGCCACCGGAUACCAACGAUCAGUUCCGAAGAGCUCUGGCAAAAGCAUUGAUGUCGCAGGCGACAACCCCCAAGGCCGUGCCUACAGCCAGUGGUACCUGUGUCACAGAAGAGAAACCAUGCUCAGAUUCAUUUACUUGA